AUGUCUGAAGAUGAGCUUUCCGGCGGCUACUCUCCGGAGGUCCCCUUUGUUCGCCAGGGAGGUUGCCCAUCCAGCUUCAAAGAGGAAAAAGCAGACAAGGGCAAGGCUUCCUUGGAAGAGCCAUCGAAGAAAGCCAGAGCUGACAAGUCCCUCGAGCUACUCGAGGCUGGGACUACUCUUACACGUUUGCGCAUUCGUCCUCAGGAGUUGUCUCCAAAUUCUGAGUUUGUUCCCGAGGAUGCUUUUGGGGCUGAUUUCUCUGAGGCUGAUCCCAUCCCUUCUACUGCUGCGUCCAAGAAGCUAGGCCCCGUCUACCGAGGCGGGCCAAUCCAAGGUCGUUGUGGGAUGAAAUCGCCAUUAAUGAAAUCAUUGGCAAAAGGCUUGAAAGGGCAUCCUCUUACCGCUAUUACCAACCUAUUGCCUGAAGAUUACACCCGAGGAGAGGGUCGGCUUACUCCGGCCAUGUUUGUAGAUAAACUGGUCUUCGAGCAUUACGCGUCCACGCUUCGAGUGGCUGGUUGGUACGACGAUUUUCACAGGGCUAUGAGUGAGUACCCUGAUGAGUCAGGUCAUCCUCGGGAGUUGAGCAAACCGGAACGGGCUUCUGGUUCCCGAAGAGUACCGUCCUUGGAAUCGCCUAGCUCUGAGGUGGGAAAUCUUCGCCUCUUGCUGGCUACAAAGGAACAGGAGCUUCUGGAGAGUAAGCAGAAGAAUACUGAGUUGUCGGUCGCCAACUCCCAGCUUCAGGAGCUUUUGGAUGUCGCCACUGAGAAGAAUCGGGAGCUUGUGGAGCAUGCCAAAGAAGUUGAUAUCUGCGCCCAGCGAGCGACGAAGGAGCAUUUCAGGGUUCUUGAGGAUCUGAAUCAAAUCCGGACUUCGAAGGAAGGUUUUCGUGAGCUGUGCGGAACUUUGGAGAAUGCGGUGUCACGGGCAGAGGGGGGUCGUGAGAAAGCCGAGGCCGAUUUACGGAAGUCUCGGGAGAAGUGUAACGGCUCCGGCGAGGACUCCAUUUCUGGAAGGCGAAGGCCACCCGCUACCUGCAGGAGCUGUCCUUUUUUCCGUGGCUUCGAGAUAUGAUUUGGACACGCGGUUUUCAAAUUGGUUUUGAGAACUUCCGGUACUUCCAUAAGCAUCGGGAACGAUUUAACGUACAUCGGACUACCUGUAUGUCUGCUUUUCAAAUGAUUGCUGCCUCUGCUAGAGAUGAGUAUGUCGAGCUUGGCAAAAAGUGGUUGCCAGAUGCCCCCGAGAAGAACCCCCAUGGAGGUCGUCCGAGGGAAGAGUUACCCCCCGAGGCUGCCGGUGCCGAGAGUGACUUUGAUGAAGAAGAUGGUGAUUGACCAUCAUCUACUCUGUGAGUGCUUACUUCACAAACGCAUCCCUUUAAUGGGAUAUGAUUUAGUUGAACCUGAAACACCGCCAAAUUCAUAUAUUCCUGCUUAACUUUUGUAAUAGGGAGUGGUGUUAUCAGCUUUAGUCUACUACCUGCAAACAUGGUGUAUCAGCCAUAAGGGACCAGUUUUUGCAGCAAUGUUUAGUCCUCCACUACUCCUAAUUGUCGUUGGCAUAUUCUCAGCUAUUGCUUUUGCAGAGCGACUACACUUGGGCAGCUUGGUAGGAGCAUUUCUCAUCCUUGUGGGUCUUUAUUGUGUGCUUUGGGCCAAAAAGGCAGAAAAUCUUGUCACUGGGCAACCAGAGAAUGGAAAAGGAUGCGAUGAUAAGAAAAUGGUGGAGAUAUCCAUCAACGAGACAGCAAGGAAUUCUGUCACAGCUGAAACGAAAUGAAAUAGGUGCAUUUGUUGGGAAGUAAAUAGAUACAUAUAUGAUUAUCAGAAGCUAUUAUCAGUACAACACUAAGUCAUGCUA